AUGCUAUUUUCUUCUCUCUACAUUGCCGUGCUUCUUGCCGGGAUAUUUCUUGAUGUUUUAGUCCAAGGCCUCUCAUCUACUGACGAAUAUAGAGAUGCAGAUCUUCAGCAAACAGGAUAUUUAUCUAAUCAUAACAUGGACCCGGGAAUCAUUGACAGUUCAUCGUUCGGGCAGCUGUGGAAAGUCGCUUUCAAUUUUCAAGAACAAUUUUAUGCCAAACCAUUGACUUACACACCACUUGCGGGCGGCCCUCAGUUGUUGUUUCUUGCUUCUAGCCAAAACUAUAUCAGAACUCUUAACGCAGAGACUGGUGUUCUCAUAAACUCAAGACAAGUUCAUACCCCGUUCUUACAAUCUGAUAUAGGAUGUACAGACAUUCCCAAUUUCAUUGGCACACCUGUCAUCGACCCCGCCACCGAUAUAGCAUAUUUCUUCGCGAAAACUUACAUACCAAACUAUAGAGUGGCCGGAAACACUGGGACGGCCAAUGGUGUUUACUAUUUCCAUGCAGUCAAUGUCAAUACACUACUUGACGUGUUUCCACCAAUACUUAUCGACGGUGCAACUGCCGACAACGCCCCCCAAAAAUACUUUAUUGGAGGAGUUAUUUUACAACGCCCUUCCUUGACACAGGUUGGGAGUGUGGUUUAUGGCGCUUUCGGGGGGCAUUGCGAUCUAUUCAAUUACACUGGUCUUGUAAUGGGGAUCGAUAUUAUCAAAGCCAAGAUCAUUACAAAUUGGGCAGUUGAAAGUGGACCACUAGUUCCGCAAACAAAUGUUCUUUUACAGGGAGGCGGUGGUGGAGAAGGCGGAAUAUGGAUGAGUGGAAUGGCAUUGGCAACGGACGGAAGUAGGCUUUUCCUUGUGUCGGGGAAUGGUGGUGCUCAUCAAAAUCAAGGGACUCCAGCUUCCGGUUCGAGUGGUUGUCAAACCCUCGGAGAAGCAACUAUCAAUCUAGCCUUGGACAACACAGGCGUAAUUUCUGUGUCGGAUUAUUUCCAACCCUAUGACUAUCAAAAUAUGGAUGCUGGUGAUCAAGACUUUGGUAGUGGAGGCAUUGUUCUACUCGAUCCGAAAGUAUUCAAAGGCACAGGUGUGGAUAAGAUGGCUGUCACUGCUGGUAAAAAUGGGAAAAUCUACAUCCUAAAUGCGAAUAAUCUUGGAGGUUAUAAACUAGGACCUGGACAGACGGACAAUAUCUUGCAAACCAUUGUUACAAGUGCAGCCGUGUUUGGAGCAUGCGGCUCUUAUCCUCUAGAGGGCGGUUUCAUUUACUGUACUCCAGUUGGCUUGGCAACAUCGGUCUACCAACUCACAUUUACGUCUAGCGGCCUUCCCCAAAUGUCUAAGAUUGGCCAGACGAAUGAGUUAUCCGCAGGUCGUGUUGGAGUUGGAGUUCCAACUGUUACCAGUUUUAACAAUCAAGUCGGUACCGCAAUUCUUUGGAUGACAGAUCCUGAUGCCGGUCUCCGCGCAUGGUAUGCUGUACCUCAAAAUGGUGUGCUACAAAAGAUUAAAAUACCACAAAUUGGAGGCGCGAACAAAUUUCAACGUCCAGCUUUCGGCGAUGGUCGAGUAUAUACGACAGAUUCGAAUGGUGUUCUUUAUUGUCUCGGAGCACCUGUCAACCUCCCUUUAAAUUGCACUUCUCCAAUCGAUUUCGGGAUGGUAGCCCUUGGAAACAAGUCAACCCAAACUGUUAGUUGUACUGCAAUCAUUGCAAUUACCUCAAUAAAUGGUGCAACUGUUGGCAAUGGGUAUUUUUCUGUCAACAAUUCAACACUGCCUGCCGGUCCCCUGGGAGUGGGUGCCACUUUCACAUUCCCUGUUACUUGGGACUUGACGAACGUUCAAGUUGGAGCCACGGCGAAUACAUCGUUCGGAAAUGUAUCUCCUGGCAUCAAAAGUACCCCCUUGACGAUUCUAACGACAAACGCGGUCGCUGGCUAUGCCACCCUUUAUCCGAUAAGUUUGACUGGUACUGAGGUAUCUUCGAAACCUUUUCUUGCAAUCGCCCCUACUACUGUGGACUAUGGUGGAAUCAUUAUUACAAACGUCAGUGUUGUCAAUCCCCAAUCAGCUAUCUUUACAAUAUCCAAUAAAGGAUUGAUGGCCAUGACAAUCACGGGGUACGCAUAUACUGCGGAUGAGCUGGAUGGUAAUCCAAUCUUCAUUAAUAGUACCGUGACAAAUGGAAUCUGGGAUUUGGGAUUUAACUACUUCACAGCAGUAGGUCUCCCAGCGAUAGGAAGUCAGAUCGCCCCAAGCUCGCAGAUAUCUAUACAAUCCUCUUUUGAUCCAACCAACGGAACUGGAUCAUAUAAUUCUUACUGGCAAGUCUGGUCAGAUGGAGGUUCAGUCAACAUCAUUCUUGAGGGUAUUGCCUCAACGGCUCCAAUAACCAACUUUUCGAUUAGCAAUGGGGAAGGUGGAUGGCUUCCCCAGGCUAAUCUUCUUAUGGACUUUGGCAAGGUAGCACCUGGGAGUUCAUCUUCGCAGCAGAUACGAAUCUGUAAUGUUGGAGGUUCUUCGCUAGAGAUUAGCAAAAGCAAGCCACCAAAUGGUGUUUUUCAUAUCAGUGACCCUACAGAGCUGCACGAAUCACAACAAAUAGCCGUCAAUGACUGUGCAUAUGGGACCGUUAUUUUCUCGGCGAACGUGGAAGAAUUCAACAAGCCAGACCUUUUACUCAACAAUACCUGGACUUUGAAUACAGAUGAUGUAAACUGGGGAGUCCAUGUUGUCGAGAUUACUGGGACCGUUAUCUCGAAGAAAGUUGGCCCUAUAAAUUCCACGACUGGACAGACAAUCUACAAUUACCUUGGAUGCUUUCAAGAAUCUACGACUGGACCACGUCUAUUCCCCAAUGAAGGCUACAAUCCUAAUACCACUGCCAAUGAUAACAACAUGUGCCAAGAAGCAUGUUAUGGACUUGCGCAAUACAGCUUUGCUGGUACAGAAUACACAAGUCAGUGCUAUUGUGGGAAUACUCCACCACCGCUAGCGGCACAAGAUCUUACCGAUGCAUUAUGUAAUUUUGCUUGCCCGGGCGAUCCAAAUGAUGCUUGCGGUGGGACAGGUUACCUUUCAGUCUUUUAUAAUCCUACAGAAUAUGUUGCUGGUACGGAUCCAGCAUUGUAUGGACCCAAAACUGUCAGUAGUGUUGGCAAUUACAAUUACUUAGGAUGCUAUAGUGAAGCGACAAAUGGUCGUGCUCUGGGUGGUUUGAGUCCUCCAGCACCUUCCACCGGCUUUACAAUCGAGUUAUGUGCAGCUGGUUGCACAGGAUUCACUUACUUUGGUAUGGAAUACGCUAAUGAAUGCUAUUGCGGGAACACAUUAGGUGUCGGCUCGGUUAAUCAAACGAGCACAACUCCAAGCGUUAACGGAUGCUCAAUGCUUUGCAAGGGCAAUGCAAAAGAAUAUUGCGGAGGACCUGGAAGACUGGAUGUGUAUAUGUUGAAUACCGCAACAACUUCCUUGUCUCAAUCUACGACAUCGACUAGUACAACUACAUCCACAACGAGCUCGAGUAGCACCUCUUCAACUUCUACGACGCAGACUACGUCCACAUCUACAUCUACUUCUACAACCUCUUCCUCAACAUCAUCAACCUCAACAUCCACAUCAUCGUUAACGACAUCAGCCAUCCCCACACCCACAGGUCCCAUCACGGUAACAAAUGUACCCGGAUAUAACUAUCUAGGAUGCUACAGCGAAGCAACCACAGGUCGUGCUCUCUCUGGUCUACAGCCCGCGCCUCCCGUCGGGGGUUACACAAUCGAAUCUUGCAAAACGAGUUGUUCAGCUUACGAAUAUUUUGGAAUGGAGUACUCCAAUGAAUGCUACUGCGGCGCAACAAUAAAUGCCGGAUCUGUACUUCAAGCAAGCAAAACUCCUAGUGUAAACGGAUGUGAUAUGUUAUGUACUGGGAACUCGGGUGAAUACUGUGGAGGACCCUCUAGACUCAACAUGUAUCAACUUAAUGGCACUGUCUCAACACCAACUCCAGUUGCUGGACCAAUUACAGUCACGAAUUUGACAGGAUGGAAUUAUCUAGGAUGUUAUAAUGAAUCUACAACCGGUCGUGCGUUGAGUGGACUACAGAAUCCAAUUCCGGGUGCGAGUAAUAGUGUGGAGGCUUGUGAGACUGCUUGUGGGGGGUGGACUUAUUUCGGGGUUGAGUAUGGUGAUGAAUGUUAUUGCGGCAACGUCUUAAAUGCAGGCGCAACCCUUCAGGUUGGCACAACACCGACUGCGACAGGAUGUAAUGUGGUGUUGUUUGAUCAUUGGGACUAUGUAUCGGCACGUUUUCAAACGAUGGCCUGGGGGAGAAAAGCUGGGGAAUUAGAAAUUAGAGGGUUAGGAGAAGAUUAUGGUGAAGGUGAGGGAGAAGAUGAUUUGGUUAUUGGGAAAUUGGGAAGUGUAGUGGUUUCUGGAAAGCGGGGAGAUGAGAGAUGGGAGAUAGGGUUAUGA